GAAGCUGCUGGCUGGUGCCGGCGGCAAGGGCUGCAGCUCUCGCUUCCAGCUGGUCGUCGCUCUGCGCGACUUCGCGCAUGAGGCGCCAGGGGGCGUCGGGCGCUUCAUCGGCAGCGCUCCGCCAGUGCAGCGCGUGCGCCUCGAGAGAGUUCGCGAGGUGUUGCCGCUGCCAAUUCCCGACGCCCCCGGCUUCCUGGCGCGCCGCGCCGAGUGGCUGGACCGAGGGGGGGUGGGCGCGGCCGGCCUGGGCGCGGCCGUGGCAGAGGGUUGGGCGGUCAUGGUCGCGCACGCGCAGAACUACCAGUGCGCGGGCCACGGCAAGGGGGGCCCAGUGCCGAGAGGGCCGCUGGCCGCGUCGCAGAAGAGCUCGACGCGCGCGAUCAGGGAAGCCGCUACCUACUUCGCGCGGGGCUCGGCUCAGGAGAUCGAGGCCCCCGACUGGACCGAGGUAGUUGCCGCGAGGGACGUCGCUUACGGCGGCGAGGAGGUGUCGCGCGCGCUGGGCGGCGCGCUGCCGGGGCUGCCAGCGCGCGGCGUCGCCGCCUCAGUUCGCGCGCUGGAAGUCGCGGACGAGCGCGCCCUGCUAGCGAAGGUCGGAAACCAGAAGGUUCUCGCGGGCGCCUGCGGCGCGGCCGAGAGCGGGGCGUCGACGCCCGGCCACUCAGUGGCCCAGCGGCCCAUCAUCAACAUGGCGCCCGCGAACUGCUACCAGAGGACGAUGAGGGGCGACGUCGGGGCGAUGAGUGCUUCGCCGUCUUGGGUCGCCAUCCCCCUUCCGGAGGGCCACGUCCUGCUCAGGUCGCCCCAUGUUCCGGCGCCAUUUGUUUGGUUUUGCUACGAGGUGCCCGAGGCCCGGCAGCCCUACACGACGCUCACCGAGGCCAUCCCGAACGAGCUCAUCGGCAUUAGCGGCCCAGGGCGAACACACAUUGCGCUGCACGUCAUCCCGAUGGGUUGGGUCAACGCUGUCACGCAAUUCCAGCACUGCCACCGGCAGCUGGGGCUUGGGCUGAAGCCGCUUGCUGCGGGCUUCCCGCCGGAGGCGGAGUGGCGGAAGGACCGGCCGCUGCCGCUCAAGUCGAAGCAGCUGGAGCAGGCCUGGGUCCAGUACUACCUCGAUGACUGGGACCACGGUGAGAUCGUCCCAAACAGCCUCGCGAACGACCUCGCGGGGUCCGCGAGCGCGGCGCAGGCUGAGCAGCGCGAGGCCUACGCGCGAAGCGGCAUCGCCGUCGCCCAGGACAAGGCGAAGCACCGGGAGCUGAUCCUCGCGCGGAUGGGCGCCGGCGUCGACGGCGUCACGGGCCGCGUGGGGGUCGCGACCGAGAAGCUGCACCUCCUGCUCGCGCUCACCAUGUGGGCCAUGGGCCAGCCGGAGGUCACUGUCAAAGCGAUGCUCGUGGUUCUGGGCAGGUGCGUGCGCGGAGCAAAGUCUCAACGUCUUUUCAUGGGCUUCUUGAGUGACUGCUGGGCAGUUGGCCAGUGGGCUUGCCCGCGCGCGGUCCCGGCGCACGUGCGCGCCGAGCCGCUGCUGUUCUGCAUGGCCCUCGCCCUGGCGUGCACCGACCUGCGGGCCAAGAACGACGCGCGCGUGGUCGCCGCCGACGCGAGCGAGCAGGCCGGGGGGAUCUGCUACUCCGCUGGCCUCGUCGAGCGCGGCUUGCUGGUCCGGCGCCGCUGGCCGGGCGUGAUCGAGCUCGACAACGUCGACGCCAUUGGCUGCGAACGCUUCGGCAGGAUCCUCGAGGGUUUCAGGCGCGACGCCGACUGGGACCUGUCCUCGCUGAAAGUGAUUGGCAAGGGCCUCGAGGGCGAGAGGCCGAAGCUGUGCGGGGAGAUCACCGAGCUCAUCGAGACUGCCGAUCGGGCGUUCGUCAGGCGGGCUGGCUGGUUCGUCGAGAACGUCUUCAGCAUGGGCGUGGAGUCGAGGGGCCAGUUCGCAGAGGCGCUGGGGGUCAUCCCGCUGCUGCUGGGCGCGGAGCAUUUCACGCACGCGCAGCGGCCGCGUCUCUUCUGGCGCCCCUGGCCCGCCGCUGAGGACCCGCCGCCCGGCGCGGUGGUCGCCGAGAAGGGCGAGGGUCUCAGCCGCUACCUGAAGGUGGAGCGGCGCUGGCAGCUGCUGGGCCCAGAGGUGGACUUGCCCUGCUUCGCCCGGCCUAUAACGCGGCGCCGUCCGCCACCGCGCCUGGCGGGGCUGGAGCGGGCAACAGCUGCAGCGCAGGGGCGGGCGAGGCCCUCCUGCGGGACCGAGCCCGGUCGCAAGGUAUCUAGGCUGCCCGUUGCCGAGGAGCGCGGCGUUCUCACGGGGCUCGACCGCCGCCGCUAUUUCGAGGCUGCAGUCAGGGACAGCGUUGCGCCUGAAGCACGGGCUAUCAUUAUGGGAGGUCUCAUCGGCAAUGCCUACUGCGUCCAGUGCGUUACGUUUCUUCUUUGCUUUUGGCUGGCCCAAGUCGGGGCCCUCGCCGCGGCGCCGCCGGGAGAGCUAUGCGUGCGCGCCGGCGAGCGAGAGGCCAAUUUGAACAUCGACGCAGACUUCAAACGGCCGGGCCUCCGGCAUCCCACGGCGGAGCGGAGCCUCAUCAUCGAGUUCUUGCGCGUCGCCGACCGCGGUGACGCGGGCGUCAGGCUGGACUGCAACGCCCCGUACAGGGCGCGCGCCUGGCCGAGAGUUUCCGCGGCAGGAGCGAGGUGGGGGUGCCGCGACGUCGCCGUGCACCGCUGCCUCUACCUGCACCUGCUGGAUGCCCAAGCGGUCGCAGUCGCCUGCUCCAAGUGCAGGUCGAGCGCGAGGCGGCUUUAG